AUGAGGGAAAACGCCUGGAAAACCAUUUCAGCUAUCCUAGAGGAUACAACACCUGAAGAAUGUGAGCAUCGGUGGAAAAUUUUGCGCAAUAAAUAUACAGGCCUGCGAAGAGAGGAAAAAUGUAGGCCCUCUGGUUCCGGGGCCAGUGAAAUUACUUGGCCUUAUUAUAAAUCCAUGAGUUUUCUGGACCCCUAUCUACAGACCAGGAAGUCAUUUUCAAACUUAUCCGUGAAAAAGAAUCCUGAAGUCAGACAGUGGGAUUCACUGAAUACAAUCAUGGGGGAAGACCGAGAGGAAGACACACAGACAGAAAAUAUUCUACCAUCUAUUGAUUGA